AUGGUGGGGGCAGGAAAGCCUCCUUCGCUGAGGGGCAUCAGCCUGCAGCAGCAUAUUCCUAAGUAUUUUUCCAACUUCUGGGGUCUCGACCAAUCUGGUCUGUCGAGCGAUCUCUGCACGCAGCGCCGCGAGCACUGCCAGCACUGUGAUGCGGAACUGGACCUUCGUUUCCUUUUCCUAUCUGGUCAACAGCUGUGCUUGCGAUUCCGUCGGGAAGCGACGGUUCACACGGCGCGACAACACAUUGCCUUCCUCUGUUGUGUCCCCAAGCAGGCCGUGCAGCUACUUUGUGCUGGACGCCUUUUGCAGGAGGAGGUGCAACUUGCGUCCCUGGGCGGGGACUGCGUACAGGUCAUCUUCAACGCAAGCUGCUUGCGCAAAGGAGGCCCCGCCGCUCAGCUGGCAAAGCUGGGUGUUUGGCAUGGCUUAAAGGUUCGAUCGUGGCUGUUGAAUUCGGUGGCCACCGAGUCCCAUGGUGUUUUGCGACAGUCACACAGUCUUCGUGGUGACCGUAUGAGCUUCCACUAUUCUGCCAAAGAUGCAGAUGGCUCCUACGCGUUGGUUUCAAGCCGUCGGAAAGGACAUGCCGCGUGCCGACAGUUUGCACUGGGCAUCGAGGGGUUGGACCUGUACCGUGGCAGAAUUUAUCGGUGCCUGCCGGACAAGGAAUACUUGCUAUGUGACGGCUUGGGAGGACAAAGCUUUGCAGGCCGCAAGAAAGCAGCCCAGCCGGAGACGGAGAUGCCGCACAGUGACACGCGCGAAAUGGGAUUGUUGCACUUCAAGACAAAAAGGCGUGUUGGGAGGCUGCACAUCGAAUUCGCGAUGCCGCCCUCAAUGCAGGAUUUCGACCAAACAGUGAUGCUCCCGCAGCCUCUCUGGAAGCUUUACCGCGAAAGGAGGUGGGAAGAACUGCAAGUCCUGUCCGGCACUGCUGAUGAUGGGACCGUCGAGCUGCUGUUGGACGGUGAACGCAUCUUCGAAACUAGAUGUUUGUCCGAUGGUAUAUGGGAGGUCAGAUUUGGCCCUCCUUUGUCUCAUUUCCAGGCUUUCGGAAUUAUGACCGGAGUCUUAGACAAUGCUAGCUCCGCCAGCUUCCACAAGUGA